AUGGAAGGUAGGGUAACCAGCACUUUAGAGUCAUUUUUGCCCUUCAUUUUCCAAAAGCAUAACUCCAAAAACCAAAACUCUUCGAGGAAAGAUCAUAAGCCCGAGAUUAUCGUGAGCUGGGGUAGAGAAAAGUUUCACAUAGGGUUCGAGAAAGAAGGCUCAGGAUCGCUGGAGGAAACAACUUUAAAAGAAUUAAAAGAGAGACUAAAAUCGAUUACGGGUGUGCCAUUAAAUGGACAAAAAUUGGUGUUAUCCGGUGCCAUAAUGAAAGAUGAAAAUUCAAGUCUAUCAUCACUUGGAAUUCACGCAGCUUCUAAAAUACUGUUAAUCGGAUCUAAGCCUGACAAAACUCAACUUGCCGAAACUUCAUCUGGGUCACCUGAAGAACAUGCUCUUAUAUCACGUAUAUCUGCUUCAGUUGAAAAGAUACGUGCCACUUCAUUACCACAGAUUGAAUCAUUUGAGAUUCAAGUUUCUAGUUAUAUCUCGCCUAAUAAUCAUCAAGAAACCAAAGUUCAUCAGAAAUUGACUGAAACUCAUCACCUAAUUGUCGAAAAUCUUAUGCAAUCACUUUUAUCUCUCGAUUCAGUUGAUUGUCCGCCAGAUUUUCAGGUAGCUCGACAGAAACGAAGAGAUGCAGUAAAAUUCACUCAAGGACUGAUCGAUCGUGCUGAUCGUGCCAAAGAACAACUUGCUCAAAAUUCUGCAUCCUUACUUUGA